AUGCAACUUUCUGUUAUGAACAGAAGUCGGGCCAACAAGAUAGACGACAUGCUGCCAGCAAUCCUGGAGAGGUUGAGCGCAGUUCAGGAAGUGCUGGCCCCGCUGCCUAAGGAAGUCCUGGAGGAGGCGAUCUACCACACUGCCUCCUACUACAUCCCUAUAGACUCCGAGACUGAGCUCUGCCGCAACCACAGUGCACUUCUGUUCGAAAGCUUCCUCCGUUACGAGAUAUGGGCCCUGAAGAUGGUGGACGCAUCGAGCAAGGGAAGCCCAGGAUUGCUGGACGGGAAUGUCAUGGACCUGGGCAACUACGGUCAGUGUAUCAGUGUAGAGGCUCCAGGAGAACUCUUCACGGGACAACAUUGUGUAAUCGAAACGCAGGGGAUCAUGCCUGUGGAUAUGGAUUCAUUGAACCCUAAGCGCCCCGUGCUGCCCACGUUACGCCUGGACUUGAUGUUCUCUGUGUGUGUUCCCUCCUCCUGUACUCCUGGUGAUGUGAAGACACACAUGGACUUGGCCCUCAACUCCGUCAACGCUACCGCCAUUAUUUACAACUCCAGCUGUUCUUCCGCAUCACCUAUUCCGUUUGAAAACAAAGACUAUAUUGCAAUGUUAAUUCUUAUACUAAUCGCUCUUUUGAUUGGACUCAGCACCUGGUUCGAUAAACAUAGUGAAAAUUCAGCAGGAUGUAAGGUGAUCAAGUGUUUCUCCCUUGUCCAAAAUACCCGCCAGCUUCUGGAUACUUCUUGCCCGGACGUCUCGGAUACCAUUCCUUGUCUCAGAGGACUCCGGAUACUGGCUCUAGCUUGGCUCAUGCUAGGCUACCGCAUGCUGCACCUGCUCGCUUGCCCAAACCAUCGCUUCAAGUACCUGGUCGAGAACAUCGACAACGUGGCUUGGGCUCCGGUGGAAAACGCUCAUCUCUCAGUGGAGAUAUUCCUCUUGGUCACCGGAGUUCAUGUAACGUACAAAUUUUUCCUGCAGGACCGCCAGGGCAGGAAGUUCCGUUAUUUUGAGUUCUUCUUAAAGUAUUAUCUAAGGCUUACUUUCCCUUUGGCCCUGGUAAUGCUGGUCUACGGGACUGUGGCAAUGCACUUCACAGAUGGUCCGAUAUGGAGAAGACUGUUCGAGUUCCUCCAGCUGUUCUGUCAGAAGAACUGGUGGUCAAAUCUGCUCUACGUCAGCAACUACGUCAACCCUUAUGAGAUGGUGAGUGUCCUCCCUCAGACAUGGUACUUGGCCAUAGAGUUCCAGCUGUACGCUCUAUCACCGCUGCUGUUGCUGCCUCUUGUCAGAAACCCGAGGCGAGGCCUUUUCUUUAUAGCAAUCGCCUUCCUAGCGACCAUCGUCGGGGGUAUCAUCAAUUCCUACAUGAUGGAGAUACAAGCUGGAGGACUGAUACGCCUGGAUCGUACCCGAGAAGGCACGAAUGUCCUAGACUAUUUCUACACUCAAUAUCGAGCAGCCUCAUUCCUGAUAGGAAUGGCUCUAGGAUUCCUUCUCUUCAGGAUUAAAGAAGACCACUGGGCUGUUCAGUUCUCUAAGAUGCAAGUGCUGGUCGGUUGGGUGGCGGCUUUGUCCUUGUUCGCAACCACAGUACUUGCGGUCUCUAUAUUUCAAGAUCCGCUCUACGUGUACACUGCCUGGCUGGACACCGCCUACGGCAUCCUGCACCGGCCCACUCUCUCCCUCGCUGUUUCCUGGUUCAUCCUGGCCUGCUCCACAGGAUCCGGAGGUUUCUUGAACACAAUUCUCUCCUGGAGACCUCUACUUCCUCUUUACCGCCUCAGUCACUGCGUGUUCCUGGUUCACUUCCUGGUUCAGGACAUCCAGGCGUUCAGUACCAGGACCGCGAUCACCAUUGACUUUCUCAACUUGUGGUAUAUGGUUUUUGCUGAUUUCUUCAUCAGCCACUUAGUGGCCGUGGUUGUAUACUUGGCUGUGGAAGCACCUGUAAUCAACCUGAUAUCACUCGUAGAAGAAGGGGGAAAAGAUACAGAAGAGAGAGGACAUACAAGUCAGCCUGCAUCAUUCACAAAGAACGUAAUUCAUCCAGAACACAGUUUACAUUUGGAGAAGCUCUAAAGUCAAUGUUUACCAGUGAAAUAGAGGCUUAAUGGAAAACACUUUUUUAUGAUCAUAACUUUCCAUUUACAAAUACAAAAGACCAGUUAUCUUAAAGUUCUUUUAGGUGGUAAAGAAACUAAGAAACAUAUAUGGAUAAAUCAGUUCAAAAUACACUAAUAACAGGGUUUAUUUGCUGACACGUUAUAUUUUAUGUUAGUGUUAAAUUGGAAUAGAAAUCUGGUAAACGUAGCAAGUUGUAUAAAAUGUAACGAAAUCUCAGGAGAGUUUGUUGGCAUAAAGUAAUAUUAGUGUCAUAUUACAGUGUCUCAAGGCAUGACA